AUGGAUGAUGAAGGAAUUGUAACAAAAGAAGAUGAAUUCAAGGAAUGUUUAGAAUUAUGUCAGUCCGGUGUGAAUAUGUGUCGGAUCAAAGCGGGUUGCUUGGUAACAUCUCGAAAUGUUUGUGUGAAAGAUCAAAAAUGGUUAUGUUAUCAUUCGAAUAUCUGGUGCAAGUUUUUGCCGUUAAAACUGAAAUCUGUAAAUAUUGAUGAUAUCCUGGAAGUGCGAAAAGGAUUCAGUUCUGAUAAUCUUCACAAAGCUUCCAAGAAAUAUUCUUUUCGCGAAAAAGUUACGGCAGAAAUGUGUAUGUCUGUAAUCUUAACUCAUCGACGUAUGUUCCACAAAUCAGUUGAUUUUGCUGCUGAAAAUCCAUGCGUGAGAGAUAAAUUUGCGAAAGGUUUGCAAUAUCUUGUCGAUAAGAAAAAUCAAAUACGCGUGCACUUUAAUGAAGAGCGCUGGCUUUUGAACAAGUUCCGGAAAGCCGAUAUAAAUAAAAGUGGCAAACUAAGUUUUGAUGAAAUACUGAAGCUGCUGAAAACGCUGAAUUUGCAAAUCAGUAACGAAUAUGCACUUGCAUUGUACACGCAAGCAGAUUCUUUUGGCAAAAAUGAUGGGCAGUUAGACGAAAAUGAAUUUCGUAACUUUUUCUCGUACCUAACAGAGCGUCCAGAUUUGGAACAUACAAUGAGAAUGUUCAGUGCAACCAACGACUUAGCGUUGUCUGCUGUCGAUCUGAAAGCAUUUUUAACGAACGAACAACAGUUUGAUGAUAUUGAUGAAAAGAAAGCUGUAUCAAUUAUUGACAAUUUCGAGACAGCAAAACAGAGCGUAAAAAUACUUGGACCCAUAGGUUUUCGUUGGUUGCUGUUCGAUAAAUGGGGUUACAUCAUGAAGCCUGGACAUGAAGGAGUUUUUCAAGACAUGGAUCAUACACUAAGUCAUUAUUACGUCAACUCAAGUCAUAAUACCUAUCUCACUGGAUUGCAAAUGCAGGGUGAAGCAACUGUUGAAGGCUAUAUCAAUGCGCUAAAAAAGGGUGUACGGCUUUUAGAGUUAGACGUUUUUGAUGGCGAAGAAGGAGAACCAUGUAUUACACAUAAGCGUACGUUAAUCAGAACGAUCACUUUGAAAGAUGCACUGAAAGAAAUUGAUGUAUACGCUUUUAAGACAAAUCCUUAUCCAGUGAUACUGACUAUUGAAAAUCAUGUUGGCUUACCGCAGCAGAAGGCAAUGUCACGCAUUUUUAAGGAAGUGUUAGGCGAUAAAAUAUACAUGCGCCCCGAAAAUGGAGCUUCUCAGCCCUUACCUUCUCCAAAUGCUUUGAAGAAUAAGUAUUUGCUGCGAGGCAAAAAAUUGAGAUCAGAACAAGGUCCUGAUCAGAAAUUUGAUCAAGAUAAUGACGAAGCAAUUCAAGACAACAGUAAAAACAAAGGCACCAUCGAACUCGACCCAGAAUUUUCUCUGCUGAUAUCAUUGCCAUCUGUUAAACUUUCUCAUAAUAUCUUCAAAGAUAUCGAUGAACAUCCAAUGGACGGUUCCUCUUCCUUAUCCGAGGGGAAAGUUGCAAACUAUAUGGAAAGCGGUUAUUCUCUUGCUGCUUAUACAUCAAAAAGAUUUGUAAAAUCGUUCCCGAAAGGUCUACGUCAAGAUUCAAGCAAUAUGAAUCCCAUCCCUUCAUGGCUUUGCGGUAUACAGUCGGUCGCAAUGAAUAUUCAAACUGCAGGAGAAUAUCUCGAUUUAGUUAAUGGUCUCUUUAGAACGAAUGGUAAUUGUGGUUACGUGCUCAAAUCAAAAACACUUAUUGAUGGACUUGUUGUGACAACAAUGCUAGUUGGGGUUAUAAGUGGGCAAUAUUUACCGAUGAUAUCCAAAGCACUUGAUGUUAUCGACCCGUAUGUAACUGUUGAGAUUUUUGGGAUUCCGGCUGAUUCCCGAAAAUUUCGGACGAAGACCAUCCGCAAUAACGGCUUUAAUCCACAAUUCAACGAAACCUUCACAUUUCCGCUUCAUUUUCCCGACUUUGCACUGCUUCGUUUCUGCGUGAAAGACUUCGACUCAACUUCCGCAAACGAUUUUGUCGGUGAAUAUACAAUUCCGGUAAAAAGUAUUCGUGCAGGCUAUUCACACGUACGAUUGAAUACGGGUCGUUUGCAUAUGGUAGACGAGUGUGCCUCACUUUUUAUACGAAUCGCAUUUGAAUGA